AAAAUAAUCAGUUACCCAUAUAGUGUUUUUCUCCGGGAUAUUUGUGCAAUAAAUUGUGUCUAGUAGCCUAGUUUCAACUUUUUUGUACUCAAAAGGCCGCGAGGAAAUGGUAAUUGUGCACCUCAGAUUUUCUUUCCAGAUUUUCUUUUGUUGUUGCAUUAACCUUAAUUUCCCUUCGGAUCAGUUUUAAUGCGAUUUUUUUUCUUAUGUAUUUUUUGUUUGCUCUGCUUUUAAGGCUAAAAAUAAUCAGUUUCAGUGCGUUUUUCUGUUGUUAUAGCUGCGUGCAAUUAUUCCUUCUUUACUACUGGAAGUAACAUCAAUUAUUUAUCUAAUGUUAAGUUUCUGAACUACUGUCUGUUAUUAUCCCCAGCAUAACGGAGAAAAAUUUCCAUUCUUUAUGGAAUAGUGGCUUUGUGGGUUUGGAGAUAUAUAUUUUUCCUGUGAUAUUGUUUUUUUUCUCAUCAAAUUAGGAAGUUACCUCUUCAUCCAUUACCCGUCAACCCGUGUUUUUGUCCCCUUAAAAUGGGUGAUUUGCGGAGCUCAGUUUCAACGUUGGUGUUAGAACAUGGCUCAGGAGUUGUGCGUUGUGGUUAUGGCGAUGAUAACAAACCGCGCACAGUUUUACCUUCUGUAGUGGGACGUAAAAAGGGCUCGUCUACUUCAGCUCAACUGGCUAAAAGAAGUAACCAGAUAGUCAACAAAAAGUCAUCGGUAAACAGACCACAAGUGUUGCCGCCUAUUUUUGUGACACCGCCCUCGGCAAAGUUGUCUGAAAAUGCAGGUAGAAAAAUCGAACUGGGAAGCAAAGAGUCUAAUCCGCAUGCCACUGUGUCAUCGAAUAUCAAAAUAGGUUACGAGGCCUUGAAAUUGAGAUCAUUUUUCGACCUUGAGAAUCCGAUUGGUGAUACAGGAGUAGUAGCGAAUUUUGAUGAUCUGGAGGAAAUGUGGAAAAUUAUUUACAAGAACGUCUUGAAAGGAAGUUUUUUUCUGUCUAAUUUGGCCCUGUCUUUACCUUACAGUAACGAAGAGUCGACGUUCGUAACUGUAUCCGAGAUAUUGUUUGAAAAGCACAAUGUUCCGCAACUGAUCUUAGCUAGAGAUGCGGACUUGGCAGUUCGCUUUUUUGGACUCCAGACUGGCCUGUUAGUGGAUCUAGGUAAUAGUUCAGUUAAGUGUAUACCAGUUACAGACAAGAAGUGUGCGUACUGUAAAGUUCAAUCAUUGCCCUUUGGUGGUCAACACAUGGCAGAGUGUUUGGCUAAUUCGAUGUUGCAGAAAGGGUACAAAUUUCACUCACAAUCAGACAGUGAAGUUUUGCACUCACUUAUACGAGACUGUUGUUACGUUGCAGACGAUUUUGAUUCGGAACUGGCCAAAGUGGAGCCAACAUCAAAUUCACUCUACUGUGAAAAAAGUACAGAACUUGCGAACUAUGACGCAAUCAAGAAUGACAUGGACGUGGAGUCCAUCAAGAUUCCAGAGAUGUUCUUUCAGCCAAGCUUGCUGUAUGGAUCUCGAAAUGGUGCCAAGAGCUCACACCAGAGUCUAGACGAAAUUGUAAUCGAGACAUUGAGAACUAACAAUAUUUUGACUGAUGAAUCUACUCGGGUUACGAUUGCACUUUACGGAGGCCAAAGCGCUAUUCCAAAUAUAGCUCAGAGAUUACAGGAUACCUUGGUUGCUACGAAUCCUGAGAUUGAAACGUCGGUUUGGGAUGUACGUUGUCUCAAUGGAAGCCGUGAUGCAUCAUGGGUUGCAGCGUCCAAAAUAGUAUCUCACCCAGGAACGGCAGAGAGAUUUUGGGUUCGCAAGAAAGAGUACGAAGAUUAUGGGCCGUCCAUUUUGAGUAAAAAAUGGUUCUGAAAAUGAUACAAAACCCAUAGUACACUCUAACUUUCGAUUCCCUGGUUUCUGAAUUAGGUUUGAUUUAGAUAUAGGCUGAAAAAUUGCAAUAUCAAUCCCAGAUUUUACGUAGAUUGA